AUGGCUCGCCAGACUUCUCUUGACUCCGAGCGGCCUAUCAUGACAAACUCGAAUCGUACCUCGAAGCGAUUCUCCACCAUCAGCGGAAGCCCCUCACUCGCUCCAACCGAACGCACCAUUGGAAGUCUCCCCAGUGGAGACCCCAGAGUCGCCGACAUCCACCACCUCGGCGAUGGCCUGGAACGCCUAGAGAACAAGCCCCUGCAGGCCCAACGCUUUGUGCCCACGACCGAAAAGUCUGACAACUUGAACAAGCUGGCUCUCGGGGCCAAGGUGGAGCGCGCACUCGGACGCCGGAUGACCAGUCAGGACGCAGUCAUGCGCAAGCCUCUCAGUGAAAAAGCUGCUGAGGAAGCCACCGCUUAA